AUGGCCUGUCAGGAAUUUCAUAUCGAGUUACGACACUAUCUCACCGUUGAUAUCUAUCUAUCUAUCUAUCUAUCUAUCUAUCUAUCUAUCUCAUUGUUCAUAUAUAUCUAUCUAUCUAUUCAUCUAUUUCAUCAUCUACUUUCACUUUCUCUUUCAUGUAUGCAUUCCCUGUUACUAUCGAAAACACUUUCAUCUCCACGUGGCCCAGGCGAUACUGAUGAAUCAUUCAACGUGGCCGCUUUUGAUUACCGUCCGUUGUCAAUAAAAGUCUCCGGGGUGGAUGACCAGCGGGGUCAGCAAUACACAUCUGAAGCAGCCGACAAUAAUGGCAGCCAUGUUUCGCGGCACGAAGGAAAACAUGUCGCGAGUUACAUAUGUUUUUAUUGCUUGCAAUCUGGUUCACCGGGACGAGCUCGCUUCGCAGCAUCUAUCUAUCUAUCUAUCUAUCUAUCUAUCUAUCUAUCUAUCUAUCUAUCUAUCACAUUUUUUUCAUAUCUACCAAUAUAUCUCUGUUCAUAUCUAUCUAUCUAUCUAUCUAUCUAUCUAUCUAUCUAUCUAUAUUUUGUACAUAUCUAUCUAUCUACCUAUCUAUAUAUAGCUAUAUCAGUUUGUUCAUAUCUAUCUAUAUAUAUAUAUCUAUGCAUCUAUCUAAAUCUGAUCACACCUAUCUCAUUCUUUUCAAAUUUAUAUAUAUUUCACGGUUUGUUCAUAUCUAUCUAUCUAUCUAUCUAUCUAUCUAUCUAUCUCUGUUCUUAUCAAUCUAUCUCAGUUUGUUUAUAUCUAUCUAUCUAUCUAUCUCUGUUCUUAUCAAUCUAUCUCAGUUUGUUUAUAUCUAUCUAUCUAUCUAUCUAUAUAUAUAUAUAUAAUUUUGUUCAUAUCUACCUAUCUAUCUCUUCUGUUGAUAUCUAUCUAUUUAUCUAUCUAUGCAUAUAUCUAAAUCUGAUCACACCUGGCUUAUUCUUUUCAAAUCUAUCUAUAUAUCUUUCACAGUUUGUUCAUAUCUAUCUAUCUAUCUAUCUAUCUAUCUAUCUAUGUCAGUCUCUUCAGGCAUGCGCGGGUCAACAGCCCGCGUCGAUCAUGUCCCUGCCCUUUGUACACACCGCCCGUCGCUACUACCGAUCGAACGGUCCGGUGAGGUCCUCGGAUCUGGCCGACGACGCCGCCGGGCAGCGUGCACGUGACGCAGCGGCUGCGGUCUCCUCCGCCGCCGUCUCACGCGCGUGUCGUACUCGCCUCGGCGUUCGAUGCCUGGAGAAGACGACCGAACCCGAUCGUGAACCUGCGGAAGGAUCAUUAUCGAUGACUUGGAAAACGCGCAUGUCGUCGUCGUGUCCGUCGCUUUUCUUUUUUCGAAACGCCGUCGAUUCACUCUCUUCCCCCGCCGUCUCCGGGAGACGACUCGACGGUCGGGACUCCUCGUAG